ACAUACAUACAUUUCUCAUUUCAUCAUUUCUGAAACAAUUUUAUCCCCUUUUGGUUUUUCCAAUUUUGAAGGAACAAAAAUCUGCAAUGGCUUCUUCAGUUGCUGCUUCAAUUUCAUCUUGUUUCCAUGGCGAACACUUAUCUUCUUCACGCUCUUCUCUUUUCUCCAGGGAUACACUCUCCUUCUCCCCUUUUAUCUCCUCUGGUAACAAUUCAAACGGCAAAAAACAAUUUUUGGUUUUAGCAAAGAGAUUAUCAGGACUGGAGGAGGCUAUGAGAAUAAGAAGGGAACGUGAGCAAAGAACUACGAACCCGACUAAACGAAGAACACCUUUAAGGCGUUUAAAGGUAUCGCCACGUCUUCCUGUGCCCGAUCACAUACAGAAGCCUCCUUAUGUAAGCACAAAGGUGUUACCGGAGAUUUCAAGUGAAUUUCAAAUUCAUGAUGAAGAAGGGAUUGAGCGUAUGAGGGCUGCUUGCCACCUGGCUGCUAAAGUUUUGGAGUAUGCGGGAACAUUGGUUAGGCCAUCGGUGACAACAAAUGAAAUAGACAAAGCUGUGCACCAAAUGAUCAUAGAUAACGGUGCUUACCCUUCACCUCUUGGGUACGGUGGGUUCCCGAAAAGCGUGUGUACGUCUGUGAAUGAGUGUAUGUGCCAUGGAAUACCUGAUUCUCGUCAACUGCAAGAUGGAGAUAUCAUAAAUAUCGAUGUCACCGUUUACUUAAAUGGUUAUCAUGGUGAUACCUCAAAGACGUUUUUCUGUGGAAAUGUUAAUGAUGCUGCGAAACGACUUGUUAAGGUUACCGAAGAGUGUAUGGAAAGAGGUAUUGCAGUUUGCAAAGACGGAGCGCUUUUUAGAAAAAUCGGGAAAAGAAUUAGUGAACAUGCGGAAAAAUUUGGUUUUGGCGUCGUGGAGCGUUUUGUCGGCCAUGGUGUGGGGACGGUAUUCCAUUCGGAGCCACUUAUAUUGCAUCAUCGCAAUGAAAAGCCGGGAAGCAUGGUCAAAGGUCAAACGUUCACCAUAGAACCGAUUCUUACACUUGGAACGACGGAGUGUAUAACAUGGGAGGAUAACUGGACGACGUUAACAAGGGAUGGCAGCCUUGCUGCUCAGUUUGAGCACACCAUUUUGAUCACUGCAACGGGUGCUGAAAUCUUGACAAAGUGUUGAAGGUUUCACCGUCUUCUUCGACUUAUUGUUGUUAUAUUGAUCAGUGAUGUGAAAUUCCCAAAAUGCCCUUUAGCAGUGCUGAUAUAUUUGAUGAAAUACUAGAUUUUAUGGUGUAUAGAAUUAGAAACAGACUUAUGAUUCUUUAUGUUCUCUGUGUUCAACUGUGUCAUAUGAAGUAGUUAGAUAAAUCAAACUCGUUUAAGAUUGAUUAUG